GAAAAAAGGCAGCCACGCUCGCGCCGACACCUUAUAACAGUCGGAGCCUCGGCGCCGGCCAGGCGACUCUUCUUCCUUAAUAUACAUUUAAUAAUCCUAUCUCGGUUCUGUACACCUUCCCCUGCCGUAUCAUGACGUAACUUUAUGUAGAAUUUGCAUUGUGUUUUUAAUCGUAAGAGUCUCACCCCGUUCAGUUCGACGCACAAAGUAAACAGAGAGUGCACAGUUUAUCAACAACAGCAACAUCGAGCUUGCGAUUGCAGAGAUAGAAGAAGAAAAUUGCUCGGAGCCUUGAUUUUCGAACGUGUUUGUGUAUGCACGAAGCGAUUCGGUCUUGUGCGCGCGUGCAGUUUCGCGAGUGGCUGCUGUAGUGCGGCAGAGAUGAACACUUGACCUUAUACAUCCGUGGCCUAGGCAUUGAAUCGAGUGAGAGAGAGAGAGAGAGAGAAAAAAAGAGUUCGUGUGUGUGUGUGUGUGCGUGUGUGGGUGUCGGUGCAGCUGUGCACCAGAGAGUAUUAUACCUACGAUCCUUGUCGCAACUUUUAAUGAUGCUGCUGCCGUGUAUGUGCUCAAGUGCUUAUGUACUCAGGGGCGCCGAUCCGAUCGACGAUUCACAACGUGCAAGACGAUUACGUAAGGACUUUUGAUUCACCUAUUCGAGGUGAAUGAAAAAAAUAAGUGGAGAAUCGCACGAGCUUCUGUUUUUGUGUUUGUGUGUGUGUGUCGGUAACUGUUAUAAUCGACAAUCGAGAAUGAAUCACGGGCUCGCGAGAGUUUAGCGACUAUGACGACGAUCGAUCUCGCUCCUCCCUUGCGUUGCCAAAGCUUUUCUUCUCUCGCUCGUGUGUAUCCGAUGCCUUGAAAUCGUACGUGCUUACGAAGCAGCGUCGAGGACGAAAUUUGAAUGAGCACAAAGAGACCCUCACAAGCUUAUAUAUAGUUUGUGUGCCAGUGUGUAAAUGAAUGUGGCGUGUUGUCGUAAAUUCAUUGCGUGCAAUUAAGGAACUUUUUAAACUCCAGUUUGAAUUUAAAUUCGCUCGAAGCGAAACGUACUGGUCGGGCAGCAUCGGCGGGCUUUAUAAGGUUCAAACAAGUUGAAUUUUAUUUCGUUUGAAAAGAGAAGCGCAGCUCUGCCUUGCUCGAGUUCUAUCGUCGAAGCAUUAGCAUUCUUUGAACUUGAUUAAAAUUCCCCAUUACGAUUGUGUUGAAGUUUACUUUUUCUAUUCGACGAAACAAGGCGUGCCUCGACACAGGGUUAUAUAAUAGGGAAAAAGAAAAAAGUAAAAAGGCCAGAGCUUUUACGAUAAUAGCCGCGUCCUUGUCGCAAUUAAGAAAUAAAAAGAACGAUAAAAAGCAGCAGCAGCAGCAACGAUGAUACAGGUCGCGUGCAACCCGGAUCCCAGCAACAAAUCGCUGGGCACGCGCUGCGAGCGACUGCGCCGCAAGGGCUUGAUGUUUCUCGCCGAUGUACUAAAGCUGCGGAAAUUUCGCUCUUUGUCAGGCAGCAUGAGGAUCGACGAGCCUCAGCGCAAUAAUGCCAAUGUCAUCGACGCCGGCUACCAUCGUCAUCAUCCUCAUCAGCAACAUCACCACCAUCAUCGACAUCAGGGCCUGACUCUUCUGUCCAGGAGUAAUCCAGUUGGAAUGACGGGCACGGACAGCUGGAGACGGGAAGGAGACAACGCCUCGGAGCCGACAUCGGGCUCGUCGUUGGCCAGCAGCACCACGACGGCCGGCGACGAUCGCCUCGGCAACGCACCCUCGAGCCUGAGUUGCUGCUCGGAUCACACGACGGGAGGAAUGAUGAUCGAGGACGACAACGACGCCUCGCCGGCCCACUCGAUCGUCACCCUGACUCCCGGCCGUACACGCAACAUCGACCAAGACAUGGAGGCGUUGAGAUUGAGUCGACAGGACAAUCCAUUUUUGCAGGUACUAGCGAGCAAAGAGAGCCUCAUCGAUCCCACAGACGAGUCAGAAUCGGACGACGCAAUUCUCAUGUCACAGGAACUAGGUGAAACGGAUCCACUGACCCUGGCACAGGUGCACGAGCACUUGGUGCGCAGCCCGCCACCCGUAUCCUGGACGAGAGGGCCGGUCUUUCAAUUUUUCCCCCAGCAUCAGCAGCUGGAGAGUCCGAGCUGCAGGUCCGAACCCAGCGCUCGCUGCAGGACGGCCUCGCCGCGGCCCACCUGCGGCAACGAUCACGAGGAUGCUCGAGAUCGUCACUCGCACACGUUUUCAUUGCUGAAUCCGACGCCCAUUCGUUCGCUCUCGGAGGUACGCAGGCUGCAUCGUUCGACUGAGGACAGCGUCCAGCUCAUGUCGUCCGAGUGAAGGGAUUUUCUCAUCCUUUUUUUUCAACGAGACUCGCCGAUGAAGAAGUAUGAGAAGGAGAAAAAAACAUGAAAGUCUUUCGUUCGGUUGCAUGUUCCGCAUAAUAAAUAGAAUAUUUAUAAAUUAAUACAUCAGAUCGAUUGAUGAUCUCGUUGAGCCUUUUAAGGUCUGUCAAUGGGAUCAGAGUCGACGGAAAAAUAAUCAUAUUAGAAAAUCGUUAACUAUGUAUGAUAAGUGUUAGUAAAAAAUGAGAUUUUAAAUAUCUUAGCACGUUUAGAAGCAGGGGGUACGUAAAUUAAAAAGUACAGAAAAACUAGAUCAUGCGAUCGCUUUUCAAAAUCACAUUAAAUUAAGAAAUAUUUCAAGAAAAGAAGCCUAGACUCAAUACCUGAGAUAUUGUCAUUCGUAUAUUACCAUCAUAAUUAUCAUUAUCAUUAUCACGUAUAGCGAAUAAGAUGCGCUGAGCGCACGAUUACAAAAAAAAUAAUGCGAGAUUGACUAUUAUAAGCAAUUGUGAUCAUUGUAUGUGAGUGCAAUUGGCCUUCAGGUUUGAACAAAUUUCUCUAACGUAACACGCUUUUGUCGCAGAAAUGAAAGUUUCAAAGCCUAAUCUCGAGCCUCUGAACCAUAACAGGCCUAUAUCAUCGAAGUUUUAUAAGCAAAUCGUGGUACACGCUCUAUAAAAGUAAACAAAUGUUGCAAGCUUUGCAUUUUUUCGAUUGAUUAUAAUCCGAGAGCGUAUGCGUGCGAGAUAGACAGUCGUCGAAUGGUUAUAUAGUGCUACUAUAAAAAUACGUAUAUAAGAGUCGAAACAUUCCCCCCAAAUUUUUGGUAUUCCAUUUGAGUCAGUUUUAUCUUGGUAGACUUUUUAUAACAGAAACUUAUGAAUAUAAGGUGUGGGUAAGCUCGUUUUAAUCUAAACUUCGUAAAAGUGAAACAGGCCAAAAUAAAUCAACUAAUCUUCCUGAACGGGAAGAAAUUUUUCAAAACGAUAAUACACAAUAUUGUAGGCUUAGUUCUCCGAUUAAACCAAACUGACUUUUUGUGAAAAAUAAGUCAAAGAAUUUUCGUACUCGAAUAUUUUUGUAAAUUCGAUCAUUUUAAUCAAGAUACAAUUUCUCUUCCAUCACGAGUCGCUCCGGUAAUGAUAAAAUUGAUUGCAGCGUAUAAAAUAUUUUUCUAAAAUAAAAUCAGUGAUGAAAAACUUGGGACUUUUCAGCCGUGAUUGCGAUCGUAAACCGUGGAAUUUUGCAACGGUCUUUUUCCAUUUUUGAAAGAAAAGUAAACACAACAUAAUCUGUAGCGAGCUCAAUCAUAAUUCACUCGAUGUCAUAUUCUUCAAAUUUAUGGAUACAAUUGGCGAAGAAAAAUUGUUAUAAUCGUUCCUUGUUCAUCAUUGUCUUUUUCUCUCGUGCUCUAUUGCAAAGAAUUUACUAUAGAAAAGUUGAAGAAUUGAGAGCGAAAAUUUAUCAUCAUAAAUAUCAAAUUUAAUGCAGGGUUAUCUGAACUAAACGAUUAAAGUUGGUUAAACUGUUGAAUAUUACAAAAAUUGUUAUAUACUCGGCUAUAUAAAUUAUAAAUUUGAAGAAAUGAGAUAUAUUAAUUAGUUGAUAGCAAAAUAGAUUCUGGAUGUUAAAUUAUACUAAAAAAGAUUUGUAAAUAUUUAAAGAAAAACUAAACAUUAGUCCUACGUCGUUCACUUCUUUGCCAACGAUACGAAAGUUUUGCGGAAUUUGUAGAUUAUAUUCGCGGAGGAAAAAUUUCCCGUCUACGUGUAACACAAGUAGUUGUUAGAUAAAAAACAAACAAGUGAACAAACCGAUUGGAAAAGUUAGUUAAACAUAAAUCUCUUCUCGUAAGUAAUAAAAGGAAAAUAAGUUCAUCCAAUCUAAGUCAGCAGUAGCGACGCGAGAAAAUCUAGUCAAGAAAAUAUCAAAAAUGUUGUUACAAUCAAAUAAAAUAUAAUUAAACGCAUACGCACUUUACUUCGACAUUACGUUCAGUUUCGCGUGCGUUUCAAUUCAAUGUUAUAUUAUAUUACGCUUAAAAAGCACAAAAAACAAAUUUAAAACUGCAACCUUCCAAAAAAGAGGAUAGAUCCAGAAUGAUGGCGCUAUAAUACAUUUACGAUAUAAGUGAAUUCAUCUGUAAUUAUCGUGUAAAUAUUAAUUAGCCGAAGAAAUAAUUAUUUUUCGUAAUUCUAAUAGGUGCAAUAAAAAAAACUGAAAUCAAACCGACACAUUCCCUUAUAAAUAAAUCCAUAACGAUAUAAUUUAGCUUAAAUAAAGUACCGUAAAUCGUACAUACGAAUCGUAACGAGUUACGACUUGUGCAUAUAGAGCCAGUUGAUUAUGUCUGAUUCUUGCAACUGACGCGAGCGAGCGCGAGACUGUUCCAUAAGUGAUCGCGACAUUUCUGGAUAUAUCCUCUCGAGCAUGGAAGAAAAAAAGAGAAAUAAUUAAACGCCAAGCGCGGAUUGUGUACAAAUAAAACAUUUAUGUAUUUAAACGCUCGAAUGCAGAGCAUUCGGAGCGCAUAUCGCAGUCUAUAAAAAUACGCUUUUUUCCUUCUCUUUUCAUUUCUUAUAUGUAUUGAAAUAUGUUUAUAAAUGUUUGCCACUGAUAAUGUUUUCCGUUGCCACAUGUAUAGCAAGCGAUUUUUUUCAUUGAAUUCGAUAUUUACUGUAUACACAGCAGUGAUUCGGUGCGCCGGUCAAUGUAAUUGACGCGCUCGAUUGGUGCACACGCCAACCGAACAACAAUUGUUAUAAUUCAUAUUUAUUAUUAUACUUGAAAGAAAAUACACUUGUGUUUUGUUCUAUAA